AUGGCUGAUAAACCAGCAUCUGUAUUACAAGUUGCUAUUAACAAUUUGGUCUUUAAUAUUGGUCAAUUACUUCAUUU